UGUUCACAUAAUUUAAAAAUUUAAAUUUAAAAAGCUGUAGCUACGGACCAAAUUGAUCUAAAAUAACAGUUAAUAGUGAUCAGUGAUCAGUGAUCAGAUAGUGACAGAAGCGAAUCCCUAAUACCUUUAGAAUCCCGCGAAAUGACAGCAACAAAGAGCAACUCAGCUAAUGUACUCCAGCACAUCGAAGCAGGUCUCAAUGUGCUCAACCAGCUGUGCAUUGGGUUCGUGACAAUCUGGAUCUGCUGGAACUGCCUGCGAACUGGUCUAACUGGAAUCCGGCUGCACGUCUGGCUAGUGUCCUUUGGCUUCGUCUUUCUGAUGGCCGAGGGCAUGAUGUGCUUCUACGAUGGCAACUGGCUGACUCUGCGCUACACUCGCAAGCACAAGACAGCCAUCCAUGUGGUGCUCCAGAUACUCGGCGGCGGCAUGGGGGUAGCGGGCUGCCUCGUCCAGCUGAUACGUGACCAGUGGGCCAUUAGUGUAACCGUCCAUUCCAGAUUGGGAUUCGCAGCCUUCGUGCUAUGCCUGAUCUCGCUGCUCAGUGGACUAACAGCUGUGCUGGCCCGUAGCCUCUCAAAGGUUCUAUCGCCGCUGGCCAACAAGUCCUUCCACGUCCUGCUCAGUCUGGGCACAUUUGUGACUGCAAUGUUGGCUCAGUUCUAUGGCUACACGCAAACAGGAAUAUUCAAAGGCCAAGGCGAGGACUUCGUUAUCCUUAUGCAAGUCGUGACUCUCGUAGCAAUGGUCCUAACUUGCAUCGCACCGCUGAAGUCGCUAUAUCAGAAGGCUCUCAGUUUCGCCAGCUAAGGCAUAGGAGUUCUCUCGCGGAAAUG